AUGCUGCGGCUGCUGGUGGCCAGCGCCCACAUCCCCGGGGCCACCGGCUCCGGUCCCGGUGUGCACGUGUCUGCCCGCUUCAGAGGCGUCCCCAGGAGCACCCGGGUGGUGCCGGAGGAGCGCAGCCCCACUUGGAAUGAGACGCUGGCAUGGCCACUGGGCACGCGUCCCCUGCACCCCACGGCCAGCCUGACCCUGCGCCUCCGGCACUGGGGCCAGCCGGCACCCCGGGGGGACCUGGGUGCCACCACGGUGUCACUGGACCGGUUGGUGGCCAACCCCGGGCUGCCGCUGGCCCUCAGCCACGUCCCGCUGCUGGACCCGCGGGGACAGCCCACGGGGUGCACCGUCACCCUCCGCUGCUCCUACGUCCCCCGUGGCACGGCCGGGGACGCCGCGGUCCCCCUGCAAGGACCGGUGCCACCGCCGGCGGUGUCACCGGCGACAGCCCACCGCCCCGGCAAGCCCCCGGCAGGGAGGAAAGAGGAUUUCCAGGUACGGGUGAGGAUCAUCGAAGGCCACCAGCUCCAGGGCAAUGACAUCAAGCCGGUGGUGACGGUCCUCAUCGGCCAGCACCGCUUCAGGACCAGGAUCCGAGUGGGGAACAAUCCCUACUACAACGAGGUGUUUUGCCAAAAUUUCCACCGGACGCCCGCCCAGCUGGCGGCGGAACCCAUCCGCAUCCAGGUGCUGGACUCACGGGCCACCCGCGCCGAAGCCGUCAUCGGCGUCUUCCAGCUGGACGUCGGCACCGUCUACCGCGCACCGGGACGCAGCUUGAGCUGGAAGUGGCUGAGCCUGCAGCAUCCGAACCGCCCCGACGCCGGGUCCCGGGGGUACCUCCGCGUCAGCCUGGCCGUCCUUCGCGCCGGCGAGCCGGUGCCGGAGCAGGAGGAGCCGGCGCGGGACGAGGACGUAGAAGCCAACCUGCUGCGGCCACCGCCGUGUGCCGCCACGCUCCAGCUCCGUGUCUACCGCGCCGAGGACCUGCCGCAGGCAGAACCGGCUCGGCAAUGCCUUCCCUCGGUGCUACCGGCUGGCGGCAAGAGGGGCUUCGUGGCGGCGGCGGUGCGGGUCACCUUCGCCGGCAGGACGCUCUGCACCCGGGUGAUGCCCCCCGACGCCAACCCAACGUGGAACGAGGUCUUCUUCUUCCCUCUGCGGCUGCCCCCCAUCUGUGAUGAGAUCCAGCUGGCCAUCCUCAGCGGGUCCCGCAGCAGCAAAGUCCUGGGCACCGCCACCCUCCACCUCUCCCAAAUCUCCUCCGCCGGUGCCGAGCUUGAGGAGGGGACCCCCGGCUUCUCACCCUGCUUCGGACCCAGCUUCCUCCCCUUCUACGGUCCCCGGCCGGAUCCUGCCAGGACACCCAGCACCGACACCGGGGUGGCUUAUCGGGGUCGGGUGCUGCUGGAGCUCAGCACCCACAUGGGGACCCCGGACGGGCGCCAGCGAGACACCAUCGCCCCCGAGGACAUCGCCAGGGUGCAGCGCCACUUGCCCCGCCGCCGAUUCGGGUUGUGCGGGGUCUUCUAUUCGGCCACCAUGGUGCCAGCCGGCCCCGAGCUCCUGCGCUUUGAGCUCAGUCUUGGCAAUUACGGGGACACGGGCGAUGUCACCUGCAAGCCGGCCGCUUCCGUCACCCCGCACGGUUGUCCCCUCUUCGAUGGCAACCGCUAUCGCUACCUGCCGUGGUACGGUGACAAGCCGGUGGCGGCUGUCACCUCCUCCUGGGAGGACGCCGGUCACCGUUGGGAUACCCUAAACCUCCUGCGUGCCGUGUGCCGGCGGUUGGAGAGGAACGUGACGGAGCUGCGGGACGCCCGGGGGGACGCCGGGGGGGACAUCGGCAGGAGGCUGCUGCGUCAGCUGGCGCAGGACUGCAGGCGGGCACUGCCCCAGCUGGAGGCGCAGCCCACCCCCACGCCGCUGGACACCCACCUCCGGGCCGCCCGUCUUCACCUCCUCCGGCGCGUGGCCGCGGCGGCGGCGGUGCCACCGAGAGCCGGCUGGGACACGUUGCUGCCGGUGGCCGAGGGCUGGCUGCGACGUGUGGUUGCCUCGGCUGUCGAGCCACAGGCCGGCGUGCCCGACGUGCUGCUGUGGCUGCUGCAGGGGGAGCGGCGGGUGGCCUGUGCCCGCGUCCCCGCGACCGACCUCAUGUUCUCCCGGAGCGGCCCCGGCGCCUGCGGCAGGCUCUGCGGCCGGAUCCAGACCCUCUUCCUGGGCUCUGGGGACAUCCGUGCCCAGCUCCGGCUCCGUCUGUGGCUGGGACGGGUGGCCGACAGCGGGGACCUGCCACGGCACCUCGAGGGCACCCUGCGCGUCUACGCCGAGACGUAUGAAAACCAGACCAAGCUGUUGGGCAAGUGGGGUUCCCGGGGAUUGCUGGGGCGCCCCGGCUUCUCCGACAGCGCCGGCAAAGCGGGGCUCCCCCGCCACAAGAUCCGUCCCCCCAAGGGCUGGCGUUGGGACGGACCCUGGACCGCGGAGCCCCAGCGGCGGUUGCUGCUGGACACGGAGACCAACGUGGGCGAGGUGCUGGAGGAGGUCUACGAGAACGAGAGCCGGCGGCUCGGCGGGGAGUGGGCACCCGCCGCCGCGGCCAGCACCGACGCGAGCGGCGCGGCGGUGCCGCCGAAGGACGAGGUGGCGUGUCCCCAAGGUUGGCACGUCACCGACGGCUGGCGGGCGGACGUGACGGGGGCCGUGGAUGAGGCCGGUUGGGAGUACGGGGUGAGCGCGGCCCCCGGCAGCCCCCCGCCGGCGUGGCACGCCGUCGAGAAGACGUACCACACGCACCGGCGUCGGCGCUGGCUGCGCACCCGCCGCAGGGACCCCGGCGCCCAGGGACGGGAGCAGGAUGUGGCCGCCUUCCUCCGGCUGGUCGGGGCGCACAGCCCCGAGGCGGCGGCGGGGGCCGAGGCCUGGGAGUACGGAUCCCUCUGGGGCUGCCGCUUCCAUCUCCAGCCCCGGGCGGGCGACGUGUGCCGGCGGCGUUGCUGGCACCGGCACAUGGUGCCCACGCAGCCCUCGCCCGUGGCACCCCUCUUCCUCCUGGAGGGCUCCCUGGGCACGGAGGACCCGGCCGAGGAGGACAAGCCGGCUGCGGCAGAGCGGCAGUCGCGGGGCUCGAUCCGGACCCCCCCGCAGCAGCCCGUGCCCCUCAUCCUCUGCACCUUCCAGCGACCCAACUUCUUCCAGCUCCGCUGCUACAUCUUCCAGGCGCUGGAGCUGGCACCCCACGGCACCAAGGCCACCGCAGACCCCGUCGCCCACGUCUCCUUCGUGCACGUCAGCCAGAGCACCCGGGUGCUGCCCGGCACCCUGGACCCACUCUGGGACCAAACGCUGCUUUUUCACCGGGUGCUGCUGUACGGGGACCCCCGGGGUGUCCGGGAUGAGCCCCCCGCUGUGGUGGUGGAGGUCUUCGACCAGGACGGAGGGGGUGCCGGUGGUUUCCUGGGGAGGAGUGUGUGCACCCCAGAUGUUUGGCUGGACGUGGGACGCCGGCGGCCCCCCCGGCUUCGGCGUUACUCCCUGGGGGGGCCGGGGGGGCCGGCCGGGGAGCUGCUGGCCGCCUUUGAGCUGCUGCACGACGCCGAGGAUGGGUCCUUGGCACAGCUCAGCACCCCUCCGUGGAGGCAGGGGGUCUUCAGCGUCCCCCUGGGCAUCCGGCCCCUCCUGCGGCUGGUGGCACUGGAGGUGCUGGCAUGGGGGCUGCGGGGGCUGCGCAGUGGCGUGCAGGCACCCAGCCUGGAGGUGCAGUGCGGGGGCCGGACCCUGCGGACCCCCACCAUCACCGACCUCGCCGCCAACCCCAAUUUCCCCAUCAACGCCUUCCUGCUCAUGCUGCACCUGCCGGCGGAGGAGGAAUACGUGCCCCCCAUCCGGCUGCGGGUGACGGACACGCGGGAUUUUGGGUACCGGCCCGAGGUGGGGCAGGCUUGCGUGCGGAGCCUGGGGCAGUACUGCUGCCAGCCCCACGGCGAGGGGCAGCCCCCCGGCCCUGGAACCCCCCCGCCUGGCUCCGCGGCUCCCUGGGGCAGGAUAGCUCAGAUACUGCCCAGGAUCACCACUGAGAAGGGCGCUGCAGACAAGGCUGCGGAGGAGGAGGAGGAUGAAGAUGAAGAUGAGGAUGACUGGUGGAGCAAAUUCUACGCGGCCACGGGGGACAAAGCGAAGAGCCGGCGGGGGACCAACAGGGACAGACUGAAGAUCUACAGCUGUGAGCUGGAGGCAGUGCCCGAAUUCGAGGGGCUGCAGGAUUUCUGCCAGACCUUCCCGCUCUACCAGUCGGGGGGUCACCCCGUGGCGGGGGAGGACCCCGUGCCUGUGGGCGAGUUCAAGGGGCUUUUCCGUAUCUACCCCCUGCCCGAGGACCCUGGGGUGCCCCCGCCACCGCGCCACUUCCAGGAGCUGCCCCCCAGCCAACCCCAAAAGUGCCUGGUGCGGGUCUACGUCGUCCGGGCCUUCGACCUGCCCCCCCGCGACAGGAACGGGCUGUGUGACCCCUAUGUCCGCGUCUCACUGGGGGCGAAGACGCUGGGCCAGCGGGACCAGUACGUGCCCAACACCCUGGAGCCCGUUUUUGGCAGGCUGUUCGAGGUGACGGGCACCAUCCCGCUGGAGAAGGACCUGCGGGUCUCGCUGCUGGACUACGACCUGCUGCCACCCGACCAGGAGAUCGGCACCACCACCAUCGACCUGGAGAACCGCCUGCUCUCCCGCUUCCGUGCCCACUGCGGGCUGCCCACCCUCUAUCGCACCACCGGCCCCGGGCGCUGGAGGGACCAGCUCCCCCCCAGCCGGGCACUGGAGCAUUUUGCCCGCACCCGAGGGCUGCCGUCACCCGAGUUCAACGCCGAAGGCACCACGGUCACUUUUGGGGAUCACACCUUCCUCCUCAGCCACUUCGAGAGCGGCCCCCCCGUGCACCGGCAUCUCGGGGUGCCCCGCGAGCGCCUGGCCCUGCACGUACUCCGUGCCUGUCACCUCGUCCCCGAGCACCUCGAAACCCGCACCCUCUACAGCAGCACCCAGCCCGGGCUGGAGCAGGGCAAGGUGCAGAUGUGGGUGGACAUCUUCCCCGCCAGCCUCGGGCCCCCCGGGCCCCCCGUCGACAUCACCCCCCGCAAGCCCCAGAGGUACGAGCUGCGCUGCGUGGUCUGGAACACGCGGGACGUGGACCUGGGGGACACCAACCUGGCGGGACAGCGGAUGAGCGAUAUCUACGUCACCGGGUGGCUGGACGGGCUGGAGGAGCAGCGGCAGAGGACGGACGUGCAUUACCGCUCGCUGCAGGGGGACGGGGGCUUCAACUGGCGUUUCGUCUUCUCCUUCGAGUAUUUGGCAGCCGAGCAGCUCUGCGUCCUGCCCAGGAAGGAGCAUUUCUGGAGCCUGGAUGAGACGGUGCUGAAGGUGCCCCCCAAGCUCAUCCUCCAAGUGUGGGACAACGAUAAGUUUUCGGCCGAUGAUUUUCUGGGCGUCCUGGAGCUGGAGCUCACCAGGCUGCCGCAGCCGGCCCAGCACCCCCAGAACUGCACCCCGAUGGGGCAGGGGACCCCCCAAAGCCCCUGGCCCUGGCGGGGGGUGCGGGCCCCCUCCCGGCUGUCCCUUUUCCGGCAGAGACGGGUGAGGGGGUGGUGGCCCUGCACAGUGCAGGAGGGCGGCAAGCGGCGACUCUCGGGUAAGCUGGAGCUGAGCCUGGAGCUGCUGACGGCAAAGGAGGCGGAAGAGCGGCCGGCGGGAAAAGGCCGGGAGGAUCCAAACAUGUACCCAACGCUCCUGGCACCCGUGCGUCCCGAGUGGUCCUUCCUCUGGCUGCAGGCACCCCUGCGCAGCCUGCGCUACGGCAUCUGGCGGCAACACCGCUGCCGGAUCAGCCUGGGGCUGGCACUGCUGCUGCUCCUCGCCCUGCUCCUCACCUUCAUCUACGCCGCCCCGGGUUAUUUGGCCAUGAAGCUGGUUAACCCCCUCCAGAGCUUGCAGCUUGCCAGCGGCGAGCAUCCCGCGGGCGGCGCGGGCAAGCCCUGAUGUGACACCCCCGGGGAUCGCCGAGAGGAUGCCACCCAUCUGCGUCACCCCUUUAAUAAAGCCACAUCCAGUAACAGCCAAAGCAUCGACCCCAACUCCAUGGGCUGGGGGGACUGACAAAGGAGCUACUCCAUUUUGGGGAGCCCCAUGGCACUGGGACGUGGCCCCCGACUCGCUACGGCACUUGACAGCAUCGGUUUGGGGAGGAAAUGCUGCAUCCAGGGGACUCGGCCAUGACCAGGA